AUGUCACUGGGUUGUCACUGUCUCUACGAUGGAGGAUCAACCCAUGGCGCCAGCUCCAGGAGCAACCUGGUUGAUAUCGUUGCUCUCCACGAUGUAUACGAAGACCCUUUCGAAGCCUGGACUGAUCCCGAAUCCGGGAUCAACUGGCUCCGCGAUCUCCUACCCAAACACGUCCAAGUCGGCCGUGUUGUGUCAUACGGCUAUGAUUCCACGGCCCGGUCCUUUUUCGGCAACGACGCGCCGGAGAAUAUACAGAGGAUGGCAGAAAGUCUGGUUCAAGAGCUUCGCGCAAAUCGACAGUUCGCCGGGACCCUGAGACGCCCAAUCAUUUUCAUCUGUCAUGGUCUCGGCGGCGUGCUCCUGAAGAAGAGUCUAAUCUAUUCGUCCACCCGAACAGCGCCCAAAGUUGUCCACCUGUGGGACCAAUUCGUCUCAACGUUCGCCAUCCUUUUCUUCGGAACCCCACAUGGAAAGACAACCGCAUCGAACUGGUUGGCACUCGAAAAACAAUCCCAUCAAUCACAACUCGCCACCUCUUAUACCCUCGCCCAUGGCCCUACAAGCGUCAGAGAGAAUAAUCAGCUUGUCCAAUCCAUCAGCAGCGAUUUUAUGCCGCUUAUUAAGCAGUUCCACAUGUUCUUCUUCUGGGAGGCGCUGCCAACCUCGUUCAAAGGUCGCUCCGUAUUCAUCGUCGAUUCCGAAUCUGCUGUACCGAAACUCGACAAUACCGAGGCAGCCGCAAUCUAUGCGACACACUUUCGGAUGGUCAAGUUUAGCUCGAGAGAAUCGUCCGACUAUUGCACAGUGAUUGCUGCCCUCACUAACUACUGCGAGAAAGCCCCUGAAAUUAUCUCUCAUCGGUGGGGUCAGGCAGAAACCGCGCUUCAACAACUUCGUGCUAGCGAGGCCUGGGAGCUUGGAGGGUAUGGCUUUGAUGUCCACCUGAGGGAGCCAUUCCGGCAUCAGAAUAUUGCGGUUUAUUAUCAUUUCUACCCUCCUCAAGACAUUACACCUACCUUUGUCGGGCGUAGAGACAAGAUCGAGGUUGUGUAUACAGCCCUUUUUCCUACUGACCAAUUCGAGUCCUGUCCUAAGAGAAACACAUUUGUCAUAUUCGGGAUGGGAGGAUCGGGCAAGACGCAAUUUUGCUCAAAGUUUGCCUAUGACUAUAGACACAAGUAUGGACGCCCCAGAUCCUAUGCCGAGAGUGAAUUGCUAACAGGUCUUAGAUACACAGCAGUUUUUACUAUAUAUGCUGCCACGAAGGAGACGGCCGCGGACUCAUUCUGUAGGAUCGGCAAGCUCGCUGGUUUGGAGCCUACCGAAAAUGCGGGAAGACACUUUCUCUCGCAACUAACAGGGCCCUGGUUGCUCAUCAUUGACAAUGCCGACGAUCCCAAGCUGGAACUUGCGGACUUGUAUCCUUCUGGAUACGCUGCUCACAUUCUGGUGACUACUAGGAUCGCUGACUUCCGUCAACAAGGAACUCUGGGAUUCUUGGAGCUAGGAGGGCUCAACGAGGAAGAGGCUCUCCAGUUACUCUUAACAAAGGCGGACAUCCCAAGACCGUGGGACCCAUCGACCAGAGAAGCGGGUGGUUUGAUCACUAAGGCACUUGGCUACCUCGCACUCGCCCUUAUCCAAGCCGGCAAUUGCAUCUAUCGUCGAAUAUGUGACCUUGGAGAGUAUCUCAGUCUCCACUCCGCCACUAGGAGCACAUUGCAGCAGAGAAAGUCAUCGGCAGCACACCAGGUGGACGAAGACGAUAUUUUCAAAGUCGUCUACUCUGCGUUCGACGUGUCAUUAGAAUUCCUGUUGAACCAACGCUCCAUAAAGGGCCAGGACGCAUCAGACCUUCUCAAGAUCUUCAGCUUUUUCCAUUUUGAACACAUUCCAGUUCAGAUCUUCUCGAAGGCCUUUCAAAAUCGGAUCCAAGGCCUAGAAAGCAUCUCUACCCACCGCAUCCACUCGAGGCUCGUCAAUACAGUGUUAAAGCGUCUUGAGCCGCCGAAAAUGCUCCCAGAGUUCCUAAAAACAAAGGGCGGAGGGCUUGACAAAUAUCGAAUAAAUCGGGCCAUAGCCGAGCUCGCGCGUCUCUCUUUGGUUAGUUUCGACGGAAAAUACAUUUCCUUGCACCCGUUGGUUCAUGCCUGGGCCCGAGACAACCUCUCGAACCGGGAACGAGACGUCUGGGUAUCCAUUGCCCUUAACACUCUAAUGGCGUCUAUCUCACUACCUAUGGAUGGUACGGGGGAGGAUGAUGGCGACUUCUACCGGGAUGUGCUACCGCACCUUGAGGUUUGCCUCCACGAACACGGAGACCCGGUCUCAGAAUCGAUCAAGACCCUUGGAACCUCCUAUUUUCGUUUUACCCAUUUCCUCCAACCGACCAAGAUGAUGAUAAUCCGUGACCAAGUCCAGAAUGCCGCAAAGUGUGGUUGGAUAUUUUCCCAGCGGGGCUUGUUCGAAAAAGCCAGCAUUCAACUCCAGACGGUGAAAGAGGUGUUGACCCAAACGCUAGGCGAAGAAAAUGAGAAAACAAUGACAGCAAUGCUAGGAUUAGCCGCGGUAUAUUGGGGCUUGGGUCGAUUAGAAGAGGCCAUUACUCUGCAGCGUGCCGUUGUAGAUACGCGAUAUAGGAUAUUGGGGCCCAUGAACGAACAAACCCUUCAAGCUAUGGACCAUCUGGGAAAGUCCUACUGGCUCCACGGACUGUAUCGAGAGGCCCUUGAGCUUCAAAAAGUUACUGCGGAGCGAAUGAGGUCAACAAUCAAACCCGAUCAUCCAAACUAUCCCCAUGUGCUUGCCGCCAUGGACAAUUAUGGGGUCACGCUCGGGGCAUGGCGCAGGUACGAAGAAAGCCUAAAAGUGCAUCGUGAAGUUCUAGAAGCUCGCAAGAAUACUCUGGGCGAGACCCACCUAGAUACUCUUACGACAAAAGCCAAUUUCGCGAUGGCUUUACUCGACCUCGGGCAUGUGGAUGAGGCUAGGCGACAUAUGAAGGACGUAUAUGAGGAACGCCAGCGGCAGCUCGGCAAGGAGCACCCUUGGACGCUCUGGGCUUUGUGCUAUCUUGCCAAAGUCUACAUUGAAAACGGCGAGCUCAAUGCCGCAGAGGAUAUCCUUAUCUGGGGGAUAGCAGCUGGAGUGAGAAGCCUCACUGAAACCCAUCUCGGUGUCCUCAUGGGCCGUGGCGAACUUGGGCGCGUCUAUGCCAGGCAGGGUAGGCUGGACGAGGCAGAGAAAUUGACCUUGGAAACCAUGAACCUCAUCGAGAAAUCCCGCGGUAUAGCACACCCCGACUGUGUCUACGUGCUGCUGAAAUUGGUCCAGCUAUCUGGCGAACUUGACUCCCCGCGCGAAAAAGUCAGCAUCGAGUUCAAUCCGCGAGAAGCGAGGCGGACAGGGGACUAG